UAAAACUGAUACUUAACUGAAGCUAAGAUGAAUUACAGGAAAAUGCAUGUUUCAAGUCCCUUCUCUCCUUCCCUCCCCGCAGACAGCAGGGACCGGAAGCGGAAGUGUUGGUGGCAGAGGAAGAGGCCCCAGAGUCUAUGGUGCGGUCCGUGGACACAGGCAAUGGAGGAUUCUAGCGGGCCUCGGCUGGAUGCUAAAUCCAAGGUCACCAACCAGCUUGUAGAUUUUCAGUGGAAACUAGGUAUGGCUGUAAGCUCGGACAGUUGCAGAUCACUUAAGUAUCCUUAUGUUGCCCUGAUGUUAAAAGUGGCAGAUCACUCCGGCCAAGUAAAGAAUAAGUCUUUUGAAAUGACAAUUCCACAAUUUCAGAAUUUCUACAGACAAUUUAAGGAAAUUGCUGCAACUAUUGAAACUGUAUGAAUACUGAUUGACUUGGCUGAUAGAUUGAUUCAUUCUAAAGUCAUGGAAACAGAGUUAUGCAACAAAACUUCAGAAGGAUCAAAUAAUGUAUAUUGAAUAGAAAGUGCACUUUUGCUUUUACAGUUCUUAAAUUAAUAAAAGUAGAGAAUAAUA